AUGUCCUACAAAGUUGCUGACAUCUCACUCGCCGCCUUCGGUCGCAAGGAAUUGAACAUUGCCGAGCUCGAAAUGCCCGGUCUUAUGUACUUGCGUGAGAAGUAUGGUCCUUCCCAGCCUCUCAAGGGUGCCCGCAUUGCCGGUUGCUUGCACAUGACCAUCCAAACCGCUGUCCUCAUCGAGACCCUUACUGCUCUCGGUGCUGAUGUUACCUGGUCUUCCUGCAACAUCUUCUCCACCCAGGAUCACGCCGCUGCUGCCAUCGCUGCCACUGGUGUCCCUGUCUACGCCUGGAAGGGUGAGACUGAUGAGGAAUUCGUCUGGUGUAUCGAGCAAACUUUGUACUUCCCUGAUGGACAACCCCUUAACAUGAUUCUCGAUGAUGGUGGUGAUCUUACCAACAUUGUCCACGAGAAGUACCCCCAAUUGCUCGCUGGUAUCAAGGGUCUCUCCGAGGAGACCACCACUGGUGUCCACAACCUUUACAAGAUGAUGAAGAACGGUACCUUGAAGCUUCCUUCCAUCAACGUCAACGACUCCGUCACCAAGUCCAAGUUCGAUAACUUGUACGGUUGCCGUGAAUCCCUUCUCGAUGGUAUCAAGCGUGCCACCGAUGUUAUGAUUGCUGGUAAGGUCUCCGUUGUUGCCGGUUACGGUGAUGUCGGUAAGGGUUGCGCUGCUGCUCUCCGAUCCUUCGGUUCCCGUGUCAUCGUCACCGAAAUCGAUCCCAUCAACGCUCUUCAAGCUGCUAUGGAAGGUUUCGAAGUCACCACCAUGGAGGAUGCUGUCAAGGAGGCUAACAUUUUCGUUACCACCACUGGCUGCCGUGAUAUCAUCGUUGGUCAACACUUCGAGGCCAUGAAGGAUGAUGCUAUUGUCUGCAACAUUGGUCACUUCGAUAUUGAAAUCGAUGUCGCUUGGCUCAAGGCCAACGCCGCUUCCGUUGAGAACAUCAAGCCCCAAGUUGAUCGUUUCACCAUGAAGAACGGUAACCACAUCAUUCUCCUUGCUGAGGGUCGUCUUGUCAACCUUGGAUGCGCUACUGGCCAUCCUUCUUUCGUCAUGUCCAACUCCUUCUCCAACCAAGUUCUUGCUCAGCUCGCUUUGUGGACCAACCCCGAGGCCUGGACCGUCGGUGUCCACGUCUUGCCCAAGAAGCUCGAUGAGGAAGUCGCUGCUGCCCAUCUUGGCAAGCUCGGUGUUAAGCUCUCCAAGCUUUCCGAUGUCCAAUCUGACUACCUCAGCAUUCCCCAAGAAGGUCCCUUCAAGCCCGACCACUACCGUUACUAA